CGCGCAAAUUACAUGCCAUAUCACGAGUCGCACACGCGCAAGUGUGAAAGGCGAAUGACUGCAGCCAUGAUGGACGGAAUGGAGGACAGCCAAGAUCUCUUGGCAGAGGAUCAGGGAAAGGACAGGACAGAGUCUAAUGUAGACCUGAACACAGACACAUCUCUACAGGUUGACAUCUCGGAUGCGCUGAGUGAAAGAGAUAAAGUCAAAUUCACUGUCCAUACUAAACGUCCCACCAGACCAAAUUUGCUUGAUUCCUUGUCCUUAACUACCUUACCCGAGUUCAGUGAGAGUGAAUUCUCUGUACAGAGGGAACAUGAAGAGUUCAUCUGGCUUCACACCAUGUAUGAAGAAAAUGAGGAUUAUGGAGGAAUCAUUAUUCCACCAGCCCCUCCCAGGCCAGACUUUGAUGCCUCAAGGGAGAAGCUCCAGAAGCUUGGUGAAGGAGAAGGUACUAUGACCAAAGAAGAGUUCAACAAGAUGAAGCAAGAACUAGAAGCGGAAUACCUCGCAACAUUCAAGAAGACAGUAGCCAUGCAUGAGGUAUUUCUACAACGUCUAGCUGCCCAUGCCAUCCUUAGAAAUGACCAUAACUUCAGAGUGUUCCUGGAAUACAAGCAAGAUCUAAAUGUCCGUGGGAAGAACAAGAAAGAGAGGCUAAGUGGACUCAUGAAAUUUGUCACCAAGUCAGUGGAUGAAGUAUUAGUGUCAGGCCAAAAGGUAAAGGACGUUGAUUCUUUCUUUGAGCAUGAGAAGAACUUCCUAGUGGAGUACCAUAACAAGGUCAAAGAUGCAACUAUGAAAUCAGACAAGAUGACGAGAUCACACAAAGAUGUAGCAGACACAUACAUCAAAAUAUCAGGGGGCUUGCUGGGGCUUGGAACAAUAGACAAGACAGAGCUAGACAAAUUCUUCAUCAAAAUAGCAGAGACAUUUGAAAAGUUGAGAAAACUUGAAGCUCGCGUUGCCUCUGAUGAGGAUCUGAAGCAGUCUGAUCUCCUACGCUAUUACAUGAGAGAUUCAUCUGCAGCAAAGGAUCUUCUGUACAGACGCAUGAGAGCGCUUGUCAAUUACCAGAAUGCCAACAAGGCUCUAGAGAAGGCCCGUAUGAAGAACAAGGAUGUGCACGCAGCGGAGAGGAACCAGACGGAAGCGUGUGAGAAGUUUGAGAAGAUGUCAGACGUUGCCAAGGGGGAGCUGACAGAUUUCAAAGCGAGGAGGGUGGUUGCCUAUCGGAAGAACCUCACAGAACUAGCGGAGCUAGAACUCAAGCACGCCAAGGCACAAGUCCAGCUGCUGCGGAACACCUUAGCAUCACUGAAAGAAGACAUGCCUUGAGGCUGGCUAAACCAGCUGAUAGUAGAAUCAGAUAUGCCCUAUCCAUAUAUAUAUACUGGCUAUUCUUUCAAGAUAUCGUAUUAUUUUAUAACUGUAUUAAUCAAUCGCCCACUGGCAUAUCGAUUUUUGCAAGUACCAUGUCGGUGAGAUAAACGAACACCUCGGAAUGCCUUUUAGCUCGUAAGCUCACUUUGUACAUAGAAUGAAUGAGAAUGAAAUUAUUGAAAGAGGAAAAAGAAAUCAGACAGGAGCUAUUGCUACUUGAAUUACAGUAAGUUGACCUUGUCAGAACCUGAAAUGCAUUUGCCGCUAGUAUUGUAUGGUUUAUGACAUAGAAUCAUUCACUGUCAGUGUAUUAUAGGAAAAAUCAUGUUACUAUUAUGGCUCACGAGAAAGCUUGAUAUAGAAACGAAACAAACUAAGAAAAUAUGUAAGUUAAUGUUGUUAAUGAAUCAUCUGUUGAAAAUGGACACGCAAUAGGCAUAUUGAAAUGUCUUAAAUUGAGAAAGGAAAGGAAGAAAAAACUCUUCUGCUUUAAUAUGAUAAUGCGUUCCCAGGCCUACUGAUACAAGUACUUACAUGUAGAUUAUCUUCUCUUCUUUAACCCACCCACACCCCAAAGUGCUAGCUUGUACCCAAAACCAGUAAUUCACCAAACCUAGCUAGGCUGUAGAUAUGAAAUACGACAAACAAUCGGCCGUACAAAAAAAAUGUUAAGGUAUAUAGUUCAUAUUUUUGUAAGAUAGUGUAUAGUGGCAUCUGUGUGUAGGUAUUGAGGGAAUUGAAAUGAUAAUUUGAAGUUUCACGACGACUAGGUAACCAAAGACAGUUGCUUUCAGUUGAAGUAUCUCCUACAUUGCCCCCUGUCAUCCCCUUGUUACCACCCAGUAUGGCCAAAGAAAGUCCAUGGAUUGGAAAGACAUUGCAGUUUAGUGACAUCAGCCCGGCAUUGAUUUAAGAAUUGCAUGAUGUGAUAUUUUGUACGUUUCAGAGUUAUAUCUUGCUUUCUUGCAGCACUCAUGCCAUCAUCAUAUUUUCGUAGUAUUUUUUGUUUUUGUUGUUGUUGUGGUAAACUUUGUUUAUUAAUGAAACACAACAGCUUGUUUGGUCGCAGAGGUAAGAAAUAGAGCUUAUGAUUUAAUCAUUUAUUUGUGUUAGAGAAUUAUUCUUUGUUUAUGAAUGAAUAGAAUAAAAUUCAAUUUUGUUAAACAAAUGCCAUUUGAAGAACAUAAUAUGCGGGAUUGGAAAUCAUACAAUUUAGAUCCAUUUUUUUUAUAUUUACAUGUAUCAAUUGAUACUAUUCAACUAUUAUUUUUAUAUGAAUUUGCUAUCUUUCCAUUUAUCUCCUGUAAACUCUUUAAAAGUACUUCAAUCAAAUAGACCAUCAAUACGUGCACAGAAUGGGAACAAUUUGUUUAAACAUUUCUGUUACUGUAUAAAACAUGAUUUAUAUUUCAAUAUUUUAAGCUGUAUUUAUAUUAAAGAUGAUGUUCAUGGUGUCGGAUUCCUUGAAGUGAUUUGAUUGCUUUGUUUUUCAUGAAAAGUUGCUUCUUAUGAACUAAUUUUCAUCAGGUAAUUGCCUGUCGUGUAGCAUAUCUUCAGCUUGAAUGUCUAUUUUGAUAUUUUUGAUACCCGACGAUGAUUCAAUCGAUAUUGAAGAAUUAGAAGUGUACCGAUUGCCUCUUUGCAGGAUGAUUGUGUACAGGUUGUGUUAUAAUGGUUCAUGGUUAUUUGUUUUUGUACUGUAUGAUUCAAGAAAUUACUUAUAAAGUAUCAUUUGAUUGUUGUGAUGUGCUUCUGAUUUAUGUCAAAUCAGUUUUUGCCUGUUCAGAGCUCUCCUGCUCCAUUCUUCUUCAUCUAUUCUAGCCCUGUUAUUACAUUCCAUAGCUGUAGUAGAUAGAGUUAUUGAUAAGGUUUAUGAGAAAAUAUAAUUUAAAAAGGAAAUAUUAGAGAUUUUUUAAUUUCCAAUUUUUCCAGCUGUUGGAAGCGGAAGACAUCCAGAUUGAUUUUUUUUUUCUAGACAUUUUCAUAAGUUUUUUAAUCUUCCCCAGAAAUGUUUGAAAUAUUUAUGUUGUAAUUCUGUCUUUGUUUGUAUUUACCUAAAACCAAGUUUGACAGACAGUUUGGUUUAUUUUGUCUUUCAGCACAAUGCGCCAAACACAUUUGAUAAGUAGCAUUCAUCAGUCAAAGCCAAUUUUAAAUUGAAAAAAUUGAGCUUUUGUGCAUUUUAUGGCAUGGAAGGAUAUAAAAUAAUACAAGGAUUAAAAUAAUCAAUAGUUUGCGUAAAGGAUAAUGGUAACUUAACAGAGGUUUGAAGUUUUCUUGUGGGGGAUAACUAAACUUUUUUAAUGCAUUCGGUGUAGCUUUUAAUAACUGGUGCUUUUCCUUGCAAGCUCUUAAACCACUCUUAAUUUGAGCUAUUCUUGUUCUAAAAGAACAAUGUGAAGCAUAAAGAUGUGUCUAUCCUUAAGAAAAGGUGAAGAUAUAUAUAUCAUUUCAGGUUUUGCUGCAUGUUUAGUCAAAAUAUUUAAGUACUGAAAUUCACUUGGUAUUGGACGAUAUCGGAGAGAUUUAUUAAAAGUUUCAUUCUUCUGCAAAUAUUUUAUAUUUUUAAUCAAUUUUUUUCUUCUUCCAGUUGAGGGCUUGUACUUCAUAGGCUAAGUAGUAGACAAAGGAAUACAUGUUCCUUACAAAGCAGGCAGUAAAACUAUCAAAGUCUUCAGAUUUGAAAUGGAGGCAUCUUUCAUUUAAAGACCUUGAACUAGAUUAUAUUGUAUACUAGUUAUUAGGAAACGUAGUUAGAGUAUAUUUAAAGUCCAUGUAGAAAAUGUAAGAGUUUUGUUUAGUAUUUGUAUGUUCUGUUUCAGCUAUACUGUGCAUCUAUUCUAAUUUACAAGAAAAAUUGAGGGGGGGGGGGCUAGGGUGAGGGCAAGCUAGGAAAGGGCAGUGUCUGUACACAGUGAUUGAUAAUAGUUCUGAUAUGGUGGUUUUCUGAAUACCAGCUAUUUGUAGUACCACAUACAAUGUGUGCUGUAUGCAAAUGAUGUGCAAAUGAUCUUGGGUGGUAUUCUGAAACUUAUUUUAUUUUUGGUUUAAAUGAAUGGAUAAUUGCUAUUUGUACUACAAUUGUACUUAUCUCAAUAUUGAUUUGUUAUGACUAAUAAAUAUAUCUCCUUGAAAAUCAGAGAUAAAAUGAUUUUAAGAAUACCACCCCAUCUUCCAGCUUAAUUGUUGAUGCUCUCUCUUGUCAAACACUGCUCCUGUGAGUGGCAUUCUGUGCACAUUUAAUUGAAAUCUUGACUAUUUUGAUCAUUCAAUGUGUGUCCCUACUGUAUAUGCAGCAAUGUCAGUAACGUGUCACUACUGAUCAAGAGUAAGUAAAAUAAAAGAUAUGAAAACAUUAUGUAUAUCAUAAA